GUUCUCACCGUGAAAAGAAGUUGGGCCACGUCCUCUACCCCAGCCCAUAACCGAGGGACGCGGUAGACAAUAGCAGGCGCGCGAAUACAUCGCCGGGGCCUUGCGAUCGGCGGCCGCUGAAGCCUGGCUCGAGUGACGAGGAGCAACUGCUGGUGAUGGCUUCCAUGGACACCAUGGACCUUGCGGUGGAGGACCUGGGCAUUUCGAUGGAGGAGAUCCGGGAGUGGAUUGACAAGGAGCUGGAGAAGGUGGACUUCCUCAAGCAGCGCAAGGCUGCGCUCCUGGAGCUGGAGAGCUGGGUGGAGAAGAAGGAAGCUGAGGUGGCCCGUGUGGAUGGACUGUUUGAGGACGCGUCCAGGUCGGUGGAAGUAUGCGAGUCGAUGGUAAAGGACCUGUACAGUGACCUGGGGCUGAAGUAUGAGGACGCCGACCAAGAGGAGGAGGCCCCAAAAAGCACCACCAAACCGUCGGAAGUGAUCGAGAUCCUGGAUGAUGAUGAUGACGAUGAUGAUGACGUGAUGGCCAUUGAGACUGUUGAAAUGGGGAAAGUCGCAUCAUCUCCAUCCACCUCGUCGACUGUGUCAGCACUGAGCAAGAUUACCCGAGAGCCAUCCCUGCUACGGGACGCCAUGGCUGCCAUGCGGAAGUCUGCCCGGGAUGUGCAGAAGUUCGUGGAGGCUGUCUCCAGGAAGCCGACAGCAACCUCUUCGGGACUGCUGCGUGCCAUGAGCACACAACCUGAGCCAGACAAGACCAGGCAACCUGCCUCCGCCUUCUCCAUGCCCUCUUCGCCUACAAGCACCCUCUCCUCCACCUGCAGCACCCAGCCCCGGCCAGCACUGCAGUCCAGCACGCCAGCCCCGCCAGGCAGCAGCCAGCAAGUCGUCACGGUGGUGGAGGAUGGCGAGGUGGUCAAAGACGGUGACCUGUACAAGGGCAUGCGCAUCCUGGGCAAGAAACGGACCAAGACAUGGCAUAAGGGGGCACUUAUCGCCAUUGUGGCAACAGGCAGCAACAAUAAGUACAAGGUGAAGUUUGACAACAAAGGGAAGAGUCUACUGUCAGGUAACCACAUCGCCUACGACUACCAUCCCCAGGGCGACCGGUUGAUGGUAGGGAGCAGGGUGGUCGCCAAGUACAAGGAUGGUAAUUCGGUCUGGCUGUACGCUGGCAUUGUGGCCGAGACACCUAACAUCAAGAACAAGUCCAGGUUCCUUAUUUUCUUUGAUGAUGGCUAUGCCUCCUAUGUUGCCCUGUCAGAGCUGUACCCCAUCUGCAGACCAUUGGCAAAGACCUGGGAGGACAUCGAGGACGUCUCCUGCCGUGACUUCAUCGAGGAGUACAUCACAGCUUACCCAAACAGGCCCAUGGUGCUGCUGAAAAAUGGCCAGCAGAUCAAGACCGAAUGGGAGGGCACCUGGUGGAAGUCUCGGGUGGAAGAAGUCGAUGGCAGCCUGGUCAAAAUCCUGUUCCUGGAUGACAAACGCUGUGAGUGGAUCUACCGUGGCUCGACCCGCCUGGAGCCCAUGUUCAACCUGAAGAUGACCACUGCCUUCCGACAGGGUGGGCAGAGUGGCCAGCAGCGCACCCGGCCCAACGUCGGUGCAGUGCGGACGAAGGGCCCCGUGGUGCAGUACACGCAGGACCUGACAGCAAGCACCACCCAAACCCCUCAGCAGCAGCCAGCACCUCCGGCUAUGCGCACCCCUCAGCCUCACUCACCGCCUGAUAAGACGGACACCUCUGGCAGCUUGGCACAAUCCAGGAAACAGGUAGCAAAAAAGAGUACCUCCAUUCGACAGACAGGACCUGCAGCCCGAGAGGCGGAACCAGCUGGGUCUCUGGAAUCGUCGUCUGCCAGCGAUGUGGCCAGCAAGCCUACCGCCAACCAGCCCUUCAGAUUCGGAGUGCCAGCCCCUGCGAGCCCAGACAAGGCAGAGGGUGCCGGUGGCCUGGCUGCGCAUAAGCAGCUGGAUGAACGGAUGCCGGUGGAGGUUCCCUACCGGGCACCAACUGAGAAGCUCUUCUACGUGGCACAUAAGUGUGGCCCCAGCUGCCUGGCCCGUGCCAUGCCAGCCUCCCGAGGCCAGCACCGGGGCAGGAAUCCCAUGCUGGUGCCCCUGCUAUACGACUUCCGCCGCAUGACUGCCCGCCGCAAGAUCAACCGCAAGAUGUCUUUUCAUGUGGUGUACAAGGGCCCCUGCGGCCUCAGCCUGCGCAACAUGGAGGAGGUGGAGCGCUAUCUGGCCGAGACCAAUGCCGACUUCCUCUACCUGGAGAUGUUCUGCUUUGACCCCUACGUGCUGGUUGACCGGAAGUUCCAGCCGCAGAAGCCCUUCUACUACAUUCGGGACAUCACCAACGGCAAGGAGGACGUGCCACUCUCCUGUGUCAAUGAGAUUGACUGCACGCCGCCGCCUCAGGUGGCCUACAGCAAAGAGCGCAUCCCUGGUGAGGGGGUCUACAUCAAUACUGACCCUGACUACCUGGUGGGCUGUGACUGCAUGGAUGGCUGCAAGGACAGGUCCAAGUGUGCAUGUCUGCAGCUCACCAUGCAGGCAACAGCUUGUAACCCAGGAGGCCAACUCAACACCAGUGCUGGCUACCAGAACAAGCGGCUGGACGAGUGCUUGCCCACAGGGAUCUACGAGUGCAACAAGAGGUGCAAGUGCAACGUGGGGCUGUGCACCAAUCGGCUGGUGCAGCAUGGCCUGCAGGUACGGCUGCAGCUCUUCAAGACCCAGAACAAGGGAUGGGGCAUCCGCUGCCUCGAUGACAUUGCCAAGGGCUCCUUCGUGUGCAUCUAUGCAGGCAAGAUCCUGACGGACGAUUUUGCAGACAAGGAGGGCCUGGAGAUGGGCGACGAGUACUUUGCCAACCUGGACCACAUCGAGAGCGUGGAGAAAUACAAGGAAGGCUACGAGAGCGAUGCCAAGUGCUCAUCAGACAGCAGCGGCGUGGACCUGAAGGAGGAGCAUGAGCACACAGGCAGCGAGGCAGAGGAUUCCAGCUCGGACAGCUCCGACCAGAACUUCGGUGGCACGGACGACGCCUACGUGCCCGGCUCUGUGUGGCGGAGUUAUGUGACCCGUACCCGGAGCCGGGAGCAGAAGGAGAACGGUUCUGAGGCCGGACCACCCCGCCAGGAAGACGCUGGCUCCUGCAAGCUCCCCAUCACUGAGGAGACUGCCAAGAACAAAGUGGCCUCCUGGCUCAGCGCCCUGCGGGUUGAGGAGGCUGACUCUGACAGCCGGUCAUCGUCUAGGGCAGCGGAGGCUGGUGGGCCCGAGACCAAGCCUCCCAAGGAGGAGGAGGGGGAGAGGGAGGCAGAGGGUGAGAAACCAGCUGUCCCUCCCCUCAAGACGGAGGCAACCCUGAAGGAGGAGCCCAAGCCAUGCGAGGGCAUAGCAGAUGUCAAACCGGUCAGCAAGCAGGAGACAGAGAAGAAGGAGGCCAAAGUGGAGAGCCAAGAUGGCAUUGGCAUUAAGAACCAGGAUGCGGCAAUUCACCUCAAGCUAUCCUUGCCAUUUGAUAACUCAUCUCGGAACUUUGGCUACAAUCCGCGGCCAGCGAGGAGCGAGGGGAUCCGCAGACCGGUGAGCAAGACCACACUGCUACAGGCGCGACGGAACUCGGCACCCCCUCCAGUCUCCAAAGAUGAGGUGAUGACAUUGUCGAGCAGCUCGGACAGUGAAAUGGACACGGGCACCCAGACCAGCGGCAGUCGGCGACAGGGUCAAGGGCAAGCCCCGGCAGCCUGCAACGACAGCGACGACAUCCAGACCAUCUCCUCUGGCUCUGACGAGUACAGCAAGAAGGAAGAGAGCGAUUCAAAGAAUGCAGAUAAUGCCAACAAGCGGCAGGUGGCGGUCAAAUCAACCCGUGGCUUCGCCCUCAAGUCAACGCACGGGAUUGCAGUGAAGGCAUCAAACAUGGAGAAGGGCGAAGGGGGGGGCAGCCGCAAGAGCACCCGGCAGUUCUACGAUGGGGAGGAAUCUUGCUACAUCAUCGACGCCAAGCUGGAAGGAAAUCUGGGCCGCUACCUCAAUCAUAGCUGCAGCCCCAACCUCUUUGUGCAGAAUGUGUUUGUGGACACACAUGACCUCCGAUUCCCCUGGGUGGCAUUCUUCGCCAGCAAGAGGAUCCGAGCUGGGACUGAGCUUACCUGGGAUUACAACUACGAGGUGGGGAGCGUAGAGGGUAAACAGUUACUGUGCUGCUGUGGCUCCACUGAGUGCAGGGGGAGGCUCCUGUAGGUGCCCCCCCCCCACCUCCCGACAUGGCCAAUGGGGCACCCCUACCCCAGCCACCAUUCACCCCCAACUCCCUGCUGGCUCACUACCGGUGGGAUUCCCUGCUGGGUUCCUGGGACAUUUCUGGAGAGACCCCUCCCCUCCAAUGAUGGAUGGAGGUGGGGCUGGAGAGAGUACGUGUGCAGGGCUCACUGCAUCCCACCUACUCCCUCCCCUAGCCUGGAAUUGUCUUUAAAACCCCCACAACCACCCUCUCUUUCCUGAGAAGGGCUCUGGGUCCCUUGUCUAGGAACAAGCAUUUCCUGGGACAUUGAUGCUCUCAACUGACCCCCACCAAGUAGAACCGAAAGGGUUGGGGGAGUGGUUAAUAUCUGCCCCACUAGCAUAUGCAGCCCUGCCAAACACACUCAAAGCUCGGUCAGUCAAUCUACUAUAUAUAUAUCCUCCUUCCCCCCCCCCCCCACUCUGCCCUCCUCUCUCUCCCAUCCCCCCCUUAGAGUGGCCUGGGUGGGGAGACUCCUGCCUAUUGAAGGGGGUCUCUGUUACCCCUCAUUCCCUUGGCCAGUUAAUGCCCCAUCACUUAAACCCUUGGCACUCCUCCAACGUUAGAAUACCACCCCCCCACCCCCCACUGUCCAUUCCAUGUGGAAUGAAAUAAGCAGACUCUGUUUAAUGUGAGUGUCAUCCAUUACCCUAAUACUCUAUCUCCUCCCUCCCCCACCUUCUGGUCUGGACACAUUUCCCCACCUCUUCAAUCACCCUGGAUGCUGUCCUGCUGCACGGAGCCACACACAGGACCUGGACAGUGUCACAGGAGUGACAGACAGCGGCACUUCCUCCUACACAUCUCGCUUGAAGAUGAUGCCUUCCGGGUGCCCAAGGAGACUACGAAUGUCGGACUUAAGAAACAGCCAUACUCGGUGGGCCUGCCCCCCACCCACACCCACACCUACACCUCUUGUACAUGUCACUAAAUAAAACCACACAAUCAAUUCUCUUUUUUAUUUAAAACUGCUCGUCUCUGCGGCUCCGUACUUAUCUUGAAGGUGCAGCCCAACGAUGCUUGGUGUUUAAUGCUGAGGAGGGUUGGUAUCGGUGUCCAGUCUUUGCACCCCUCCCACGCAGGGCUUGGUGAGGAGUUCCAUGAUUUAAUGAGGGCGAGUUUCAGCAAAGAAGCGUGAACCAGUAGGGUCAGGUGUGUGCCACUUGGCCACUCUAAGCCCAUUCUACCUUCUGGUACAUUGUGGUUGCGGGAGCGAUCAGUGAGCAGGAUUUGACCCCACCUCGGGACUUCAGCCACUACAAAGGGUUCCGGCAGAAUAGCCCAGGUGAGUAACCUUGGUGGAGGAAGGGGUUGUUUGGGUUGUGGGGGUGUGGAUAGGUGGCUGCUUGGUCCCUGAUGGUGUCGAGCUUCCUCAGAAGUAGGGAGUGUCCUGUUUCCCCUGACUACAAGGCACUGGUCAGGAACGUCACUCAGCACAGGAUUCCCAGCCCUUGGUUUCAGGCAUUCUCUCAAGAGACAUGACAAGAAAACAGGAGUGAGGCACUCGGCCUCUCCAGGCUCCCCACCGUUCAAUACAAUCACAGUGCUGAAGAGUUUCACCAGGAUGCUGCCUGGAUUAGAGGGGCAUGAACUAUAAGGAGAGGGUGGACAAACUUGUAUUGUUUUCUCGGGAGCGUCAGAGGCUGAGAGGAGUCCUGAUAGAAGUUAUAAAAUUAUGAGACAGAGAUAGAGUGAACAGCUGGUGUCUUUUUUUUUCCCCAGGGUUGAAUUUUCUAAUACCAGAGGGUGAGAGGGGAGAUGUGCAGGUCAUGGUUUUACAGACUAAAAUACACUGCCAGGAUAGUGGUCGAGACAAACAUUAUAGAGACUCUUAGAUAGGCACAUGAAUGUUAAUUUAAUUGGUUUGGCACAACAUUGUGGGCCAAAAUUGCACACAGUAAGAUCCCACAAGCAGCAGCUGGUUAAGAGCCAAUCUGGUAACUUGAGAGAGUUCAGAGAUGAGAAAAACAUCAGGAGGUGCACACCCUUAGCUUGUCUCUGUAGCAGAGAAAGGGGAAUUUGUUUCACUCACAAAUGAUGGACUUUAUUCCUGGCUCUUUCGGCAUUCUGACACAGGACAUUAUGUUGCAGUUGUACAAGAUGUUAAUUAGACUGCACCUGCAGCCUUGUGUACAGUUUUUGUCCCUCUGUUAUAGGAAGGGUGUCAUUAACUUGGAAAGAGUACAAAGAUUAACAGAGAUGUUGCCUGGGACCCGAGGGCCUGCAUUACAGGGAGAGGUUGAGAUUUUUGUACCUUGGCACGUAAGAGUCUGAAGGGUGUAUAAAACCAUGUAGGGCAGAGAUAGGCUAAAUGCACAGGGAUUGGAAAACCAGAAAACUUACAGCACAAUGCAGGUCCUUCGGCCCACAAAGCUGUGCCGAACAUGUUCUUACCUUAGAAAUUACCUAGGGUUACCCAUAGCCCUCAAGAACUAGAGGGCACAGGUUUAAGAUGAAAGGGGGGAGAUUUAAAAGGGAACUGAGGGGUAACUUUUUCACCCAGAGGGUGGUCAGUAUAUAGAAACAUAGCAAACCUAAAGCACAAUACAGGCCCUUCGGCCCACAAAGCUGUGCCAAACAUGUCCCUACCUCAGAAAUUACUAGGCUUACCUAUAGCCCUCAAAAGUGGUUGAGGCAAGUACAUUAAUAUUUAAAAGACACUUGGACAGGUAUGUGGAUGGAAAGGUUUAGAGCGAUUAUGGGCUAAACAUGGCGGUAGCUCGCAUGGGAUCUUAGCUCAAUGCUGACCAGUUGGGCCAAUGGGCUUGUUUCCAUGCUGUGCGACUCUGACCCUGUUCCAGCCCGGGUCUCCACAAGCUCCAGUUUCAGGCUGUCCAGUAAUGGACACACUGCCCUGUGCAGUAACAUCCAGAGCUACCUUUUCCAGAAUGCCACAGCAGAGGCCCCCGAAAAUCUGCAGAGCUGGAGAGCAGAUCUUCCCAAUUAUAGGAUGCUUCUUCAAAUGUGCUGAGGUACAGUUUGAUCAAAGUGGGGCUGUGUCAUGGGUUCAGGGAGCCAGGUUAGUUCCCAAACUGGUGUGGGGAAGAGUGUCCCUCCCACAGCACAAUGACAUGUGGGGUGUAAACAGUUCAGCCUGUUUAUGUACUGUCCACUCCAUAUCAGCAGGCAUACAUCAGGGGAAGACCUCUCAGGCCAAAUUCCCUAAUUAAGCCAGGUCUCCCCCUGAAGAAAACCCCACAAGACAUUGAAGCACUAUUCACGGUUUUGGCUAACUCCAGAGAUGGAGAGUUACUGCAGCCUUCACUGUAAAGUAAUACUUGUGGUCCAGGGUGUAGCACCUCACCCCAGAGAUGGAGCAUCCCUGGAAAGAUCACGAGCAGCCUGGACUCGCUGGGAUGUACAGGAUUUGGUUUGACAGGGUCACCCUGUUCCCAUGGGAGGGUGAGGGAUCUGAGCUCGGUCCCAGAGCAAGGGGCAGCCCUUGCUCCACAGCCCACAACACAAGGGUUUCUCCACUCGGUCUGCAAUUGGAGACCGUCAGAGAUCUCAAGACUAGCACUGAUCAACCCUCACUCAAGAAAUGGAGGUUUGAGAGGAGGUAGAAAUGAUGUAAACAGAAACAAACGAGGGCAACAGAAACCACAAAACAGAUGGGAAAUAGACAAAAAAAUAGAAGAAAACAAUUCAGGGGAGCAAACAGAAACUGGGGGGUGGGGGGAGGAACAAGGGAAACAAAGAGGCAGAAGGUUAAGAGAAUUGCAGAAACAAAGGGGAGAAGGGACAAGGGAAACGGCUAAAAUGGACAAUUCCUUCUUAUCCUUCCAGGAAUGAGAACAGUGGUGUAUCUGCAGGAACAACCACACCUGCAUCUUUUAAAAUGGAUUUUUAAUCAAAAAAAUUAAUUGCAAACUGUUUUAGGCAUCCCAACAUCUCAUUUUCUUUUCUUAUUUACAAUAUGUAUCUCAGUGUCAUAAAUGUAACAUCAAAUCUAGACCAUCCCGCCCCUUCCCACAGAGUGUAGUAAAUGGACUAGACAGACCCUGGGGGAGGGGGUGGGGUUGAGAUCCUGGUACACUGUGGCCCGUGGUGGGAUCAGGGGAAAUUAAUUGAACAUCUCGGAUAAUCUCCACUCCUGCCUAGCGCUUCCUACCUCUCCUACCUCUUCCCCAGGGAGCUCCAAGUGCUGUAUAGGGAUGCAAUGAAUUCACGACUAGACUCCCUACCCCUCCCCAUCCAAUCACAAAACCUAUUAUCACUCCUGAUAUGGGGAGUCGGAACAGUAGACAGUCUCCCCUUCCCACUCGCAUCCUCAACAUCCCUCUUCCUCUCACAGCCAAGCAAUGCCUUGGAUGGGGCUGUAGAGGAGGUCAGUGGGUGAGUUGUGAGCUGACCCUCACCCUCUUGGCAAUUCUCCAGGCACCCAGACCUUCCACAGCUCUCCCCCUACCGAGCUGUUCAAGCUUUCCAAAGCGAGUUAUUGUCUUUUUAUUAAAGAAAUGCUCCUCAGAAACAAAAGAUUGCAUGUUACAAGGUGCGAUCCCACCAUGGUAACCAACCCUCUAUCACCCCCCUCCAAAGAUGAGUCCAGGAAGGAAGGAGUGUGGUAAAUAAGCAAACUAAAAAGAAAAUACUGCUUGGAGGCAUACAGACCCACUAUUCAAGAGCUUUGGGGUAUCUUCUCCUCUUCUGUCCCUCCUUUAGAUAACCGCACAUCAUUCACCCCCCCCCCCCCACCACC